CAACGCUUUUACGCGUUCCCCUGCUUGCUUGCAACUUGCCCCUCACCACCGUACUCGAACAGCCCUCUGCACUGCCGUCCGCUCGUUUCUUUCACGAAACGGCACCACCUAGAAUCCAUUGCCUCACACGUGUACCAUGGAUAGGCAGUCCGUCUUUUCUAGCCGACUGUACGGCACGCCUGCCGAAAGCGAGGACUCCAACACACACGUCCGCGCUCUCCUCGAGUCCUUCAUCCUCGAUUUCCGUCUCGCCAACAUCUUCAUUUACAGAGACCAAUUACGCGAGAAUGCGCUCUUAAAGAAGUACUACUGCGACGUCAACAUUGGCGACCUGAUCAAGUUCAACGAGGAGAUUGCCCAUAGAUUGGUGUCAGAGCCGGCAGAUAUCAUCCCGCUAUUCGAGGCAGCCUUGAAGCGGUGUACCCACCGAAUCGUUUAUCCUCACGAGCCCAACGUCAAGUUGCCAGAGCACCAGUUGCUGCUGCAUUCCAAUGCUGAAGACGUGUCCAUUCGCAACCUGGACUCCCUUACCAUCUCGCGGUUGGUGAGGGUACCCGGCAUUGUUAUCGGCGCCUCGGUAAUGUCCUCCAAGGCCACAACACUCCAUAUCCAGUGCCGGACCUGCGAUCACGUCCAAGACAUCCCGGUUCUUGGAGGAUUUAGCGGCGUGGCACUCCCCAGGACGUGUGGCAGGUUCAGGGCACCUGGUGAUCCCACAGAAAAAUGUCCCCUCGAUCCUUAUUUCGUCGUGCACGAGAAGUCGAGGUUCGUCGAUCAGCAGAUCAUCAAGCUCCAGGAGGCGCCCGAUCAAGUACCCGUGGGCGAAUUACCCCGCCACGUCCUCAUCUCCGCCGACCGCUACCUCACCAACCGGGUCGUGCCGGGAUCGAGGUGCACGGUCAUGGGUAUCUUCUCCAUCUAUCAGACUAAGGGCUCCAAGAACUCGAGUGGCGCCGUCGCCAUCCGAACCCCUUACCUGCGCGCAACUGGCAUCCAGACCGAUCUGGACCAGACCGCCAAGGGGCAGGCCGUCUUUUCCGAAGAAGAGGAGCAAGAGUUCCUCGAGCUUAGUCGGCGCCCCGAUCUCUACAACAUCAUGACCGACUGCAUUGCCCCCUCUAUUUACGGUAACCGGGACAUCAAGAAAGCCAUCUUGUGCCUCCUGAUGGGCGGCUCCAAGAAAAUCCUUCCAGACGGCAUGAAGCUACGUGGCGACAUCAACGUCCUCCUGCUUGGUGACCCCGGUACAGCCAAAUCGCAGCUGCUCAAGUUCGUCGAGAAGGUUGCGCCCAUUGCCAUCUACACCUCUGGCAAGGGGUCCUCCGCCGCCGGUCUGACUGCCUCGGUCCAAAGGGACCAGUCCACACGCGAGUUCUACCUCGAAGGCGGUGCCAUGGUGCUCGCCGACGGCGGCGUGGUGUGUAUCGACGAGUUUGACAAGAUGCGCGACGAGGACCGUGUAGCCAUCCACGAAGCCAUGGAGCAGCAGACCAUUUCGAUCGCCAAGGCAGGUAUCACAACCAUCCUCAACGCGCGGACAUCCGUGCUCGCCGCCGCCAACCCCAUCUUUGGGCGGUACGACGACAUGAAGACGCCCGGCGAAAACAUCGACUUCCAAACCACCAUCCUCUCCCGUUUUGACAUGAUCUUUAUCGUCAAGGACGAGCACGAGCGCGGCAGGGACGAGCGCAUCGCCAAGCACGUCAUGGGCAUCCACAUGGGCGGCCGCGGCGUCGAGGAGCGCGUCGAGGCCGAGAUCCCAGUCGACAAGAUGCGCCGCUACAUCAGCUACUGCAGAUCCCGCUGCGCCCCGCGCCUCUCCGACGCAGCAGCCGAGAAGCUCUCGUCCCACUUCGUCGCAAUCCGCAAGCAAGUCCACGCCGCCGAGCUCGAAGCCAACACGCGCUCCUCCAUUCCCAUCACGGUCCGCCAGCUGGAAGCCAUCGUGCGCAUCACCGAGUCCCUCGCCAAACUGACCCUGUCACCCGUCGCGACCGAGGACCAUGUCGACGAGGCCAUCCGCCUCUUCCUCUGCUCGACCAUGGACGCGGUCAACCAGGGCAGCAACCAGGGCAGCCGCGAGCUAAACGAGGAGGUGUCGCGGGUCGAGGCCGAGCUGAAGCGGCGGCUGCCCAUCGGGUGGAGCACCAGUUUGGCGACGCUUCGCAGGGAGAUGGUCGAGGGCAGGGGGUUCAGCGAGACGGCGUUGAACCGGGCGCUGAUGAUCUUGCAGAGGAGGGAUACCAUCAUGUUCAGGAACCAAGGAGCCCAGGUCUACAGGAAUGGGGCGUAGUCUUGCACACGAGGUUUGUGAUGCUGGGAUUUUCUCAUGGGUGUACAUAUCUGCACGGUUAAAGGGCGCUGGGCGCAGGACGGAAUCAGGGGUGUCACCACGGGAUAAUGUCAUUGGGAUGGCAUGUUGUUUUUUGUAUUGAUUUGUAUUGAAGCCUUGCACGUCUACCUUGUUUCUGGGCAAUUCGUCCCUAUCGAUGAAGUGCCCUCUAUCUAUGUAGGCCAGGGCAAACCAACCUGAAACUGACGUGCAAAUCGAAGUCUAAUCCGAGUUGGCG